GCAGAUGCAGGGAACAUGGCACCAUAGUGGCAGGACGGGAUGUACUGAGAGGGGCACAGUGUGUGAUGCACGGCUGGAUGUCCCCUCAGACACCGCUGCCGCCUCCUCCUGUCACCCACUCACCAUACAUGGCUGCAUGUAGUAUGUAGUGUGCACCCCUGUCUCACCUCACACCCCCCCCUCCUGUCUUCUCCUCACUCCCUCCUCCUUCCCCGGCUCCCCCUCCCAUCUCACUCCCAUCCCCUCCUGUCGCCUCCUCAGCUGCUGCAUUGCUACCUUGCACACAGAGCCUGUCAAUGGAGCUGGAAAAUAUUGUGGCUAACACGGUCCUGCUGAAAGCCAGAGAGGGGGGCGGUGGAAAGCGUAAGGGUAAAAGCAAAAAGUGGAAGGAAAUUCUGAAGUUCCCACACAUCAGUCAGUGUGAAGAGCUGAGAAGAAAUACAGAGAAGGACUAUUACAAUCUGUGUGAGAAGCAGCCUAUCGGGAGGCUCCUGUUCCGACAGUUCUGCGAGGCGCAGCCGGAGCUCGAGUGUCUGAUCCACUUCCUGGACGCUGUGGCAGAGUAUGAAGUUACGCCGGAUGAAAAACUAGGAGAAAAGGGAAGAGAAAUAAUUCUGAAAUACCUCACCCCAGAGUCACCAGUUUAUGUCUCUGAAGUCGGACAAGAUAUUGUCCACCAAAUGGAGGAGAAACUGGAGAUCAGCCCAUACAAAGAGAUAUUCUGUCACUGUGCACAAUCUGUGUAUGACUUCCUGAGCCGAGAACCCUUCCAGUGCUACCUGGAGAGCAUGUACUACGACCGGUUCCUGCAGUGGAAAUGGCUGGAAAGGCAGCCAGUGACCAAGAACACCUUCCGCCAGUACAGAGUUCUGGGAAAAGGUGGCUUCGGGGAGGUGUGUGCGUGUCAAGUCAGAGCCACUGGAAAGAUGUACGCUUGCAAACGGUUAGAGAAGAAGAGGAUCAAAAAGAGGAAAGGCGAAUCCAUGGCUCUUAAUGAGAAACAAAUCCUGGAGAAAGUCACCAGCAGAUUUGUGGUGAACCUGGCCUACGCGUACGAGACGAAGGAUGCCCUCUGUCUGGUACUCACAUUAAUGAAUGGAGGAGACCUGAAGUUCCAUAUUUACAACAUGGGGAACCCCGGCUUCCAAGAACAAAGGGCGUCCUUUUAUGCAGCCGAAAUACUGUGUGGCCUUGGUGACCUUCAUCGAGAGAGCAUUGUGUACCGAGAUCUGAAGCCAGAAAAUAUUCUUCUAGAUGACUAUGGUCACAUACGGAUAUCAGAUUUGGGUCUAGCAGUGAAAAUUCCAGAGGGAGACUCAAUCCGGGGGCGUGUAGGGACUGUGGGGUACAUGGCCCCUGAGGUUCUCAAUAACCAGCGCUACACCUUCAGCCCUGACUACUGGGGCCUCGGCUGCCUGAUCUAUGAGAUGAUUGCCGGACAGUCGCCGUUCCGCGGCAGGAAGGAGAAGGUGAAGAGGGAGGAGGUGGAUCGGAGAGUCCUGGAGACGGAUGAGGUGUAUACGCAAAAGUUCUCUGAGGAUGCGCAGUCCGUGUGUAAGAUGCUUCUCACCAAAGACGUGAAGCAGCGGUUGGGGUGCCACGAUGGCAGGGCGCUGGAGGUGAAGCGACACCCCUUUUUCAGAGUCAUAAACUUUAAGAGAUUAGAAGCCGGAAUCAUGGACCCUCCAUUUAUUCCUGAUCCGCGAGCCGUGUACUGUAAGGACGUCCUGGAUAUAGAACAGUUCUCCACAGUAAAGGGGGUCAACUUGGACCAGACGGACGAUGACUUCUACACAAAGUUCACCACUGGUUCUGUGUCCAUCCCCUGGCAGACCGAGAUGAUAGAGACCGAAUGUUUCAAAGAACUUAAUCUUUUUGGCCCUAAUGGAACCCUGUCCCCUGACUUAAACCGGAGCCACCCACCUGAGCCCCCCAAGAAAAGUUUAUUACAUCGUAUUUUUAAACGUCAGCACCAAAACAACUCUAAUAGCACCCCGGCCACCAAGUCCUCCUUAAACCACCACAUGAACCACAUCAGUUCCAACUCAACCGGGAGCAGUUAGUGAAGGAGGGCACCCACCGGCGAGGGAAACGCGGUCAGCUGUGGUGACCCCGCUCCGCGACUAACAGCAGGAGAGAGAGAGGGAGCCUUACGCCUGACAGCGGCUUCCAGCAGAGGAAGCCUGUGUGUGUCUGUUAGGUGGGACUGGGGGACGGGAGCCCUUUUGCUCUUCUCGCAGUGAGGCCUCACAUAUGAAAGGCGUCCAAUGGUGGCUGAGGUGAGGGGGGAAUAUGUGGCCUCCCCUUCUACGACUGGCGUGAUAUCAGAAAUACAAUACCUCCCGUGUUCACAUGACUCUGCAAUAGGACAUUGCAUGUAACAGGUACUACGAUAGCGUCAUACACAAGAGGAGGACGCACGCAGCCCUCCGUAGGCCGCCGAGUGCCUCGGCCUCCACAUUAACACUUCUGCGCUAAACUCCUUUUUUCAACUACAAGAGGAAAAGAAAAAGGUUUAUUUUUUUUGUAAAUGGUUUGUCUGUGAUUCUAUUUUUUACCAUUUGUACCUACAUUUUCCUGAGCGGAGGGAGGGAGCCGCAUGCCUACUCUCCCUCCCUGGCACCGUAGCAGCGCCUGGUGCAACCGGCGCUCAGUGACGGGCCAUGUGGAGGAAUAUACGUCCCGUCGGUAUAUGUUUGUCUCCUUGGCAGUAAUGACGCAUGACCCUCUCACUGAGCUGGCAGGAACCAGAGGGGAGAACGGCGAGAGACUAACACAACACCAGGGUGCGUUCACGACGCACGGACCUAUCAGAGAGAAAGGCAGUGUCCACCUGGGACUCACCAGUCAUUGACUUCAGCGGCGGCUUAUGAAGGAAUCAGGCCGCCCGCAGAACCCAACAAACGUCUGCAUCUGAUCUAACAUGGAGAAAGCAGCAGAGAGAUGCUGAGACCUGGCUGUCCCCAAGAGCUUGCACUUGAUGCUUCAUUGGCGACUAGGAGCUGGCAGUGCAGGAUUUAUACUGGAGUCUGGAGACAUUUGUUAUAUGUACCCUGAUUAAAUCUAUGUUUUUAAAGAAAGAAA